AAGCUCCUCAGCCUUCUUCCUGCGUCCUGGCCGCACCGUAAUCCUCUUCGUUCCUACCACCACCGCCGACCGCCAUGGCCGCCGCUGAGGUGGAUCCCGCCCCCAACCCUACCUCUGACCACCCCAACGGAUCCUCCGCGCAGGACCGGAAGAAGUCCCGCGAGAGCGACCGCCGCCGCCGACGCCGCAAGCAGAAGAAGAACAAGGCAGCGUCUAACGCAGCAGAUGCGGAGACCGACGAGGAGGCUGCGCCGGACAGCGCCAAGGAUAACGCCGAUCCGAAACCCCAGGUUGAGGUGGAGGUGGAGUACGUGCCAGAGAAGGCCGAGCUUGACGACGCUCUCCUCGCCGACUUCAAGGACAUCUUCGACAAGUUCACCUUCAAGGACUCUCCUGCUGACACCGAGGACGGUGAGAAGAAGGAUGAGGCUGGCACUGAUGCAGCGAAGAAGGGGGAUGAGUCUGACUCGGACGAUGAUGCUCAGGAGGCCCAGCAAAAGAAGGAUGGGGGUGUAUCCAACAAGCAGAAGAAACUGCAGCGGAGGAUGAAAAUUGCAGAGUUGAAACAGAUAUGUGCCAGGCCAGACGUGGUUGAGGUAUGGGAUGCGACUGCAUCAGAUCCCAAGUUACUUGUCUAUCUGAAGUCCUACAGGAACACAGUACCCGUCCCAAGGCACUGGUGUCAGAAGAGGAAAUUCCUGCAGGGGAAGAGAGGUAUUGAGAAACAACCUUUCCAACUCCCUGACUUCAUUGCAGCUACUGGAAUAGAAAAAAUAAGACAGGCAUAUAUCGAGAAGGAGGACAGCAAAAAACUAAAGCAGAAGCAGCGAGAGCGUAUGCAGCCCAAAAUGGGAAAGAUGGAUAUAGAUUAUCAGGUUUUACAUGACGCUUUCUUCAAAUAUCAAACGAAGCCAAAAUUGACUAGUCAUGGUGACCUGUAUUAUGAAGGAAAGGAGUUUGAGGUCAAACUUAGGGAAAUGAAGCCCGGUGUUCUAUCCCGAGAACUUAAAGAAGCUCUUGGUAUGCCUGAUGGUGCGCCACCUCCAUGGCUUAUAAACAUGCAGAGAUAUGGCCCACCACCUUCCUAUCCUCAGCUGAAGAUUCCUGGCCUCAAUGCUCCAAUUCCUCCUGGUGCAAGUUUUGGAUAUCGACCUGGAGAAUGGGGAAAACCUCCUGUUGAUGAGCAUGGGCGCCCCUUGUACGGAGAUGUUUUUGGAGUCCUACAGCAGGAUGAACCGAAUUAUGAUGAGGAGCCUGUUGACCGUAGCAAGCACUGGGGAGACUUAGAGGAGGAAGAGGAGGAGGAGGAAGAGGAGGAAGAGGAAGAGGAAGAGCCGAUGGAAGACGAAGACAUGGAAGAGGGCAUGCAAUCUGUUGACACCAUUUCAAGCACUCCCACUGGCGUGGAAACACCUGAUGUUAUCGAUCUUCGGAAGCUUCAGAGGAAAGAACCCGAAAGACAAACAGAGAAGCAGCUAUACCAGGUUCUUGAGCAGAAAGAGGAAAGAAUCGCCCCUGGGACACUGUACGGAUCAAGCCACACGUAUGUGCUCGGGGCACAAGACAAAGCCGCUCCCAAAAGGGUUGAUCUUCUCAAAAACCAGAAGUCUGAUAAGGUGGAUGUCACCAUACAACCUGAGGAAUUGGAGGUUAUGGAUGACGUAUUGGCGGCCAAGUAUGAAGAAGCACGAGAGGAGGAGAAGCUGCGGAAUCAGAAGGAAGACUUCAGUGACAUGGUGGCCGAGAACGCAAGCAAGAGGAAGAGAAAGCAGCAGGAGAAGGAUGGGAAAUCGAAGAAGAAGGAAUUCAAGUUCUAGGGGUGAAGAGCUCGACUUCGGCAGACGUCGCUCGUCGAGACCAUGGCGAGAAGAGAUGCCUGUUUGCCUGCCUUCAUCAUCUAUAAAUGCAAAGAAAAUAAGUUUUUACCCGUCUGCGCCUUAGAUGUUUUAGAUGUAUAUGCGUGCGCGCAUGGAUGAAUGCUUGUUUCGCCGGAUGAUGCUGUGUUUGUAUAUACCUGUGCGCUGAAGAAAUGAAGAGCAUGUUGUCGACUAGAGGAGAGUUA